AUGGAGAUGGUUUGUGAAAGUGGGACAUGUCGACCGUACCGGAGUGCGGGUGACGCGGGGCAUCUAGAAGACACUUCUCUCAUUGACCUGCAGGGGGUGGUAUCACACUGCUCUCAGAAAGCAGACGAACUGUACACCAACCUUCCGUCUAUUCCGUCUAUUGUUGGGGUAGUUGGGGUGUUUAAUAAAGAUUCCACUCCCUCUAUGCGUUACAAAUGUCCAUUCUGCACGCACACAGUAAAGAGAAAGGCCGAUCUGAAGCGUCAUCUCCGCUGUCACACAGGUGAGCGUCCUUAUCCCUGUCAGGCCUGCAGCAAACGUUUCACUCGCCUGGAACACCUGCGCAGCCAUUUUGAGACGAUCCAUCAGGCCCGUAAGCUGGUGUGCAGGAAGUGCAAACGGCAUGUAACUGAAGUCACUGGGCGAGUGGUAAGCGAGGGAACCCGCAAAUACAGGCUGUGUGAUGUUUGCAUUCAAGAGAGCGGCUACAGUGAGUUGAUCACUGAUGGGACGGAUGGAAUUGAGGACAAGGAAGGCCUGUUGUUGGGUGUUGAAGAGGACAUGAGUGAGAACAGGCAAAUCGCAUGGGUCAUGGAUGACGAUGACCUUGCAGAAGAUUCCGGAGCAGAUCUUAUAAUCCAGGAAGUGGAGGACAGCGACGAGGAAGCCAGUGGAAAGUGAUGAUGUGCUUGUGGUUGUGUGUGAAAGGGGGAAUGGGCUAGAGCUGUCUUCCUGGCAGUUUAUGGUCUGUUAAGGGAAAUGAUUGUGCGUUUUUGUACAAAUAAAAACACUUUCUCAUUGAAAAUCUAAAGUAUUAAAAUAUAACUGCUUUUAUAAAAGUACAAGUAUAUUUCUGUAAUUAAAGUAUAUUUAGUUUAAUUCAAAAAGGCAUUUAUUGGCAGAAUGGCAAUGCGGAAAUUUAAUUUAGAUAGGCUACAGGGCUGAUACAAUGGGACAGAAUUUUCUGUAAUAAAAAACAAAUCUGCAAUAUCCUAGUUUUGACUUUCAAU